AUGUUCAUGUCGGUACCUGUGCCUGUGUCUGUGUCACUGUGGAUUAGUAUUCUACCUUGUUCUGGAUUACUGAUGGAUGGGACGAGCAGAUUUACCUGCAAAGGAAAAAAGAUUUAUCACUCUUUUCGCACAAGCACCUUCACUGAAUACACCGUUGUGCCUGAGUUUACAGUGGCAAAAAUUGAUGAUGCUGCUCCUAUGGAUAAAAUUUGUCUCAUGAGCUGUUCGGUACCUACAGGCUAUGGGGCUGCUGUUAACUCAGCCAAGGUCACCCCUGGUUCUAUCUGUGUGGUCUUCGGACUGGGAGGGAUAGGCUCAGCCAUUGUCAUGGGCUGCAAAGCCUCUGGUGCUUCUAGAAUCAUCGGAGUUGAUAUCAAUGAGGAAAAAUUUCCCCGGGCAAGAGCUUUAGGGGUCACUGAUUGUCUGAACCCUCAGAACCUCAAGAAGCCAGUUCAGCAGGUGAUCAAGGAAAUGACAGUCUUUGGUGUUGACUUUGCCUUUGAGGCCGUUGGACUCCCUGAUACCAUGCUUGCUGCUUGGGAUUCCUGCAACCUGAGCUAUGGUGUCUGUCUGAUUGUUGGGCUGGCUCCACCAAACACAAAGCUUUGUCUUGGAGCACAAAAGAUUGCCCCUGGACGGACAUUGAAGGGUGUAUGUAUAGGAGAUUAUAAAACCAGAGACUGUAUUCCCCAACUAGUGACUUGUUACCUGCAAAAUAAAAUUAAUAUCGAUUUAUUAGCAACCCAUCAACUUCCUUUUGACCAAAUCCACAAAGCUUUCGAGUUGUACCAUGCCGGAAAAGUCAUCCGCUGUAUUCUGCUGUUCUAA